UAACCAAUCGCGAAAAUAUAAUAGCGAUACUUGGCGGUCGUCAUCGCAUUCUCGCGUUACGAUUCGGACGAGAGAGGGUACCCCAUCUAGUACCCACCAUAUCUUACGCAGUGCGGUGCUGUGCGAUUUUUUAUUUAAAAAUGUUUUGUUUCGUUUUAUUAGAAAUGACUUGCUCGAAUUUUUUCGAGGAACACGAUUUAUAACGGUGGUGGAUGGUGUGUAGUUAUUUUCAUUCAAUAUUCGGAAUUUCGUUACAAAUAGGUAGCUACAAAGAAAAGUUCCUUCGACAAAGUGCUGUGAUACCAGAACGAAUUUAUCUGUGAUUUUAUUUAUUAUUUUUUAAUUUAAUUUAUUAUGCGAUAAUUUUCAUGACAAUGACGAAUAAUAACCAGGAUAUUUUGGAGGGUGUGUGCGUUGAUAACGGUCGCAGCGCCGAUCAAUUUGAAAAACUCUUAGGAAAUAGAUGUCAAACGGCUCCGACGUUGCCGGCUUUACUACCGUCGCCGCAGAUAUGCGGUAAGAAGUUGGAGAAUAGGAGAAAAUCGGAUAAUAGUCUGUUGGGAUCGUUGAAUAGACUGAGGAGCUCUAUUGGAUCUAAAGAUGGACCUAUUCAACUCAACAAUAGAAUUAACCGAUUUAGACAGUCUCGUUUCAACGCUAGAAGAAUAAGAAAGCGAGUGGUAUUUAAACAUGGCGAUUGCAAUGUCAUCCAAGGUAACGUUGCUAAAAGACGUCGAAAGUAUCUUCAGGAUAUUUUUACAACUUUGGUGGACGCGCAGUGGCGUUGGACGUUAUUGGUAUUCGCGAUGAACUUUUUUUUAUCUUGGUUGUUAUUCGCAGUAGUAUGGUGGCUUAUUGUUUUUACUCACGGUGACCUUAGCGAAGAGCAUUUAAGUGGUAAUGAAACUUGGGUCCCUUGCAUUACAAAUAUACGCGGCUUUACGUCGUGUUUCCUUUUCAGUAUUGAAACUCAACAUACCAUUGGUUAUGGUGGAAGAGUAACCACAGAAGAAUGUCCGGAAGCGAUUUUUGUGAUGUGCGUACAAAGUAUAGCGGGAGUUAUGAUACAGGCGUUCAUGGUUGGAGUAGUGUUCGCGAAACUUUCGAGACCGAAGAAGAGAACGCAAACUUUGAUGUUUUCCAGAAACGCAGUUAUAAACCAUAGAGACGGUAUACCAUGUCUGAUGUUCAGAGUGGGGGAUAUGAGAAAAAGUCACAUCAUAGAAGCCCACGUUAGGGCACAGUUGAUUAAACAUAAAGUUACUAAAGAAGGAGAAAACUUACCUUUUUUUCAAACAGAACUUAAGGUAAGCGGAAAAGUCGGUGGGGAUGGAGAAGAAGACAAAAUUUUCUUCAUUUGGCCAACGACCAUCGUCCACAAAAUAGACAGCAAGUCGCCUUUCUACAAUAUGUCUGCCAAUAACCUCCUUAGAGAGAGGUUCGAAAUUGUAGUUAUUUUAGAAGGAGUUAUAGAAUCGACUGGUAUGACCACUCAAGCUAGAUCCAGUUACUUACCGUCUGAAAUUUUAUGGGGUCAUAGGUUCCAAUCAUUGAUAACAUUCAAGAAAGAAUCAGGGGAGUACGAGGUGGACUACGCCUUGUUUAACAAUACUGUUGAAGUUGACACGCCGUUGUGUAGUGCCAGAGAGCUCGACGAACGUAGAGCUAUGUUCAAUCAAGACGGAAUAGAGGAAAAUUCGAAAUAUUUAACAACUGGUAAUUGCCGUAUGGGUAUAGGUCUAUUCCCAUCGGUUCGUUCUCAUUCGAGCGAUACGUUAUCCAGUAUGGAUUCUUUAUCUAUAGACGACGGCCAUAUCGAGAUGAAAUUACCGACCAGUCCGAUACCAGUAACAAUAACGGCUCCAGAAGAAAACGUCGAAGAAACCACCCCGUUAACUAACGGAAAAAUCCCUAAUGGAACGUUUAAAAAUAAAUCUUUAAUUUUACAUGUGUAACAUUUAUGGAAAUUAGGUUAAUUAUUCUAAUUAUGAGAGAUGAUGUGUGAUAUAUUUGUUUUCACUUGAAGACGUAUAGAUAUUUACCUAGCAAAAGGAAAGUGAUAGAACAUCGAUAAAGUAAGAUUUCGAACCAUAAAAGCGUUGAAAAUGCUUUUCGAUUCUAUGGGAAACAUGAGAAUUAUAACUGAAAAUUGGUGGAAACACCAUUAAAAUCAAAGUGUCAAAAAUUCUCGUCGAUUCAACAACCGCAAUAGUCAUUCAAUAUUCAAUAGUCAAACGAUUUUUUCCAAUUUUUCUCGUAAACGGUAUGUUUUAUCGUGAAAAUAAGUCAAUCAAAAAUAAUUCUCUACAAGAAUUCAUCUCACGAAUGGUGAAUCGUACGAAAAAAAGUGUUGGAACGAUUUUUGUAUGAUCUACAACUUUUGUUUGAUCUAUUGUCACGAUAAAACUAACCGCUUCCAAGAAAAAUUGAAAAAACCCUAAAUUUGUACAUUUGACUUCGGGUACAAAUUUUUUGAAGAUGUAGAUUCGACGAGAAUUUUUGACAUUCCGUUUAUAAUGGUGUAUCCGACAACAUUUUGGCUCAGUCAAAUUUUGAUUGGAACGAAACGCUCAUAGUUGUGCUAGAUUUUUUUGACAUUAGUCCUUCCAGAUACUUUUCCAGUUAUAUGGCCAAAGUACCAGUAAGAUUACACUGGAUCAUACUGGAUGUUAUUAUAUUUCUACUAAUUUCUAUUAAAUCGUAGAGAAAAUUUUUCCCGAUGUAAUUUACAGAAAACUCAUCUGAAUACAGGCUCAUCUAGUCCUUCGGCUUCUAGACCUUUCACUCUCAUUUUUCUCCUGUUUUUUACUUUAGUUUGGCAAUUUCUCACUUCUAACCCCCUUUAACUAUUUCCACUUUCGUCUUUCUAUUCUUUUAUUCUCAUUUUCCCCACCUUUUAGGCGUUACUGUACUCUCCUCCAUUUUCUGUCAUUCUAAUAAUUCUUCUUCUGUAUACUUCUUUUUUUCGUCUUCCACUGUAAUGUUUCUGAAAAUGAGCUGUGUGCUCAUAUGUUAAAACAAUCGAUAUAAUUGGAAAAAAUCGAUUUUCGUUUGAAUUCGAUUAAAAAAUAUUGUUGUAAACCAUAGAAAUAAUACUGUUAUUUCUAUGGUUCGUAAAUAAACUUGUUCUGAGUAGAAUCGAUUUAUUUUUGUUUAUGGAACAUUUUAACCUAUUUUUUUAUAUUGCUUACUUUCAGUAUUUGUUUUUAUUUUGAUGAUUAAAUUCGUAAAAAUGAACGCGCUUCAUCUCUCAUUAUAGUUUUUUAUUUUGAAUUCAUCUACGCUUAAAUUUUGUGUAAAUAUGUUUAUGUCGCUGGUCGAAUAAAUAUUAUUUAUUGGGGAUGAAUUGGGGGAAUAUUGAUGAUUGUUUAGAACGUAUCGGCAGGGAGGACAGUUUUUAACUGAAAAUUGUCUCUUAGAAUUUCAAUAUUGUAUUAAAAAUUUAUACAGGGACGAGCAGACAACUGAGGAUUUAUAAUAGAAGUUGACUUCGGCUUUUUGAACUGAAUUUGUGAAGUACACGACAUAAGAGUUCUUUUUGAUAAAUAUAAAGUGAACCUAAACCUAAUCCCAGAUAAAGUAAACCUAACCUAAUCGAAGCUAAAGUAAACCUAACCUAACCAAAAGGUGGAUCAGUUCCUCGGUAUGCUUAACAACGCCAAGAGACAGUUCCCAAUUCGAAUAAUAAUAAAUAAAAGAAUAAAUAAAAACAAACGCAAACAACAAUUAUUUGUGAUUUUUUUCUUAGUGUACUCAUUACACGAGCCGAACGUUCCCUUCAUUUUAUAAAUCCAGUUCAAAAAACUGAACCGGAUAUUAACUAAAUCAAGUAUUGAUAAAAAUACUCUCUGAUACAUUAAAAAUAUACUAUAGAUUCCUUUCCCCUUGUUACAUUGACAUCUAAAGUUAAUCAUUUAAUAUACAUACAUUUAUCAUAGAUAACUUUUUCAUUUUCAUCACUAUAGAGAAUAAAACAUUAUUUUCCAUUAAAAAUUUUUGGGUAUUUAAGUAAAGUAGAGAAGAAUAACUAUUAAAAAUCCUCUGAUAAGUUUGAUAUUUACUAAUAUUAUCAAUUUCAUUAAAUAUUGAGAACUCCUUCUACUUCUACGAUGAUUUCAUUACACGGGGCUGUAUUUUUUUAAAUAUCUGCAAAUAAUAGUAUGAAAAACCACUCUGAACACACUGUUUACACUACCACUACACCAACGCUCACAAUUGCACUGACUGACGCGCCUUUCAUAAACUGUUUUCAGUGUCUGAAGACAAUUACUUGGUUAUCAGACAGUGUAAUUGUGAGUGUCGGUGUAAACAAUGUGUUCAUUAUGAAUAUUGCCAACGGUUCCAGAAAUUUCAACUUGAUAAAAAACGAUUUCAAAAUCGAGUAUCAUUUUCUUCUUAUAGUUUAUUGAUUAGAUCGUUGAAAUUCAAUUCAAAUUUUUUUACACAAUAAGUGUAUUAUUGACUUUUCGAUAAUGGUCCUCAAGUAUUAUUUAUUUUUAUACAUGUACUUAAAUAUAUUUGAUAUUUGUAAAUGUUGUGUAGAUUAUAGUAAUAAUGAUAAUUAUUGUAGUAUGUGGAAUUUGUCGUUAAGAACCCUUAGUGCCAUAGUAUUUAUAAUAUAUUUUGUUUUUUAAUAAAAUAGUUGAAACAUUCA